AUGAGGACUCUACAGACGGUGGGGUACCGGAGGGGCGACACGGUGGAGGUGGCGAGCAACGAGGAAGGCUUCGUGGGAUCCUACUACGAGGCGACGGUGGUGGAGGAGAUUCCGGGCGGCAAGGGCUACGUAGUCCAGUACAAGACGCUGGUGAAGGACGACUUUUCCGGGCCGCUGACGGAGGCGGUUCCCGGCGCCGAAAUCCGGCCGCAGCCGCCGCAAGUGAAGGCCGACCUCUUCGACAUGUACGAGGAAGUGGACGCCUUCGACAAUGACGGUUGGUGGGUGGGCAAGAUCAACGGAAAAAUCGGGAACCGUUAUUAUGUCUUCUUUGAGACCACCGGCGACGAGAUUCUUUAUCACAAAGACCGGAUCAGAGUCCAUCUUGAUUGGGUUCAUCACGCCUGGGUUCUAACCCAAACCUAA